AUGGACAUUUGUGGCGGGUUCGAUAGUAGAGAAGAUUCCAUUGAUUCGAGGAGUGAUGAUGAUGGUGAUGUUAGUGACAUGUUCGAGGACAAGCCCGCCCCACACUGUCGGCUGAUACUCUAUCGUGAUGGAGUCGAAGGGUCUUUCGAUGGAGUCAACACCCUGCCGCUGCAGCGGAGUCGUGAGGUUCUCCUGCUUGGCAUCACGGAUCGGUCAGACGUGACGUCGUGGCUGGAAGAAUUUGCUGACAGUAUACUGCAUGCGUCUUACUUAAUCUACGACUCCUACCCUGAACUCGCCGAUAACACGAAUACCACAUGCAUAGGUAGUGUCCUCAUCUACUUCCAGUCACAGAGUGCAGCUGACAAAUUCUACAACCGCUAUCAUAACAGGCACUUUGGCGGGUCAGGGUCGAGACAUACUGCGGGCCCAGUCUGUUACGUCGUAUUCCUGAGUGAACUGCGAGUGAGCACCUCCAAAGGCAUAGAAGAAUUCAGAGCCAAUGCUAGCGUCAGACAGGGCCGCGGCACUCCGUUGCCAUCGUGUCCAUAUUGUCUUGAGCGUUUGGAUGUGACCGUUACCGGUAUUAUUACUGGCAAGCACGGAUGGCUCGAGAUGCCGUCUGGUUCAAACCGAGCAGAUUGGUGUGCAUGUUGCGAGAAAAUGCUGAUGCCUGCUGCCACUAUGAAGUGUGAACAGUGGGAGGCUAUGCAUACUCGGGAAGCUCCAAUGUGGGUUUGCCUUGUAUGUGGUCAUGUGGGGUGUGGGCGAUACACUAAGGCGGCCUGUGCUAAGCACCAUGCGUUGGAAACUGGACAUAGUCUUUGCGUGGAGGUGUCCAGCGGUCGGAUUUGGGACUAUGAGAGGGACGCAUUUGUGCAUCGACGGCUUGUACAAGAGUCUGGUAAAAUGCUCGACUUGGAACCAGCGGCUGAGUCCUCCUCGCCAGAAUCAUCAGCUGAUGGUCAUGGAGUGCGAAGGGUGGGUAUCAACGCAGAACCCAGCUCAACGGCCAGAAGCGAGUUGGAUAUACUCCUGAGCUCACAGAUAGAGGAAGAGCGUCGACGGUACGAGGAAGCGUGUGCGGAGUUGCAGGCAGUUGGUGAAAGUCGAACUACGCAUGAACGUUAUUUGAUGGAGAUGGUUGACAUGCCUGAGCUAGAGAGGACCGAGUAA